AACUGUUUCUAGGCGAGUCAGAGAAGAAGAAGCAAGAGAAGAGGACAAGUCGUAUAAUUUGUUUUAUUCUCUCCUCUCGCGGAAACCCAAAACUCCUUCAAGUCUCCCUCCCUCUCUUCUCCUUCCCGAUUAUUUUUUUUAUGCAAAAAGAUUCAAUCUUUUCAUCUUCCUAUUAGCCCUAGAUCCUUAACUGAAACGCCCUAUUCGAUUCCUUUGCCUCUGGUUCGUGAUUUGACCUGAUCUUGGGUUCUUCUUGAUCAGUAAAUCUAACCUUAAUCAGUAUCUUCCCUCCCCCAAAUUGAAUUAUGAGGAAGAGAGAGCGAGAGAACCCUUGUUCGCUUUGUGGGCACUAUCACAAGUACGAGGAAGGAGAAGUCUGCGGAAUCUGUGGCCAUCGUAAGCCUGAUUCCUCCGAUGUCGCGGCUCCGCAAGUCCAGUUGAGCGCUUUUCCGACGGAGAUCUUGCCGGAGUUUCUCUACCUCGGAAGCUACGACAACGCCUCUCGUUCUGAGGUUCUCAAGACUCAGGGAAUUUCUCGCGUUCUUAAUACGGUUCCUAUGUGCCAGAAUCUCUACAGGAACUCAUUCACUUACCAUUGCCUCUCUGAUGAGAAAGUCUUACAGUUCGAUGAUGCUAUCCAGUUCCUAGACCAAUGUGAGAAGGACAAGGCACGUGUUCUUGUGCACUGCAUGUCAGGAAAAAGCAGAUCACCAGCGGUUGUUGUAGCGUACUUGAUGAAACGUAAAGGGUGGAGACUCGCUGAGAGUCAUCAGUGGGUUAGGCAACGGAGACCCACAAUUGACAUAACUCCAGAGUUCUACCAACAACUGGAGGCGUUUGAGCGGACUAUACUUGGAUCAAGAGAAGGGAUGAUGGCGGCGAUGAACAUCAACGAUCCUCCAACAUUUGGGUUUGGUUUCCCUAAGGUUAAUAAUAAUAGUCAAGCGCAAGUCCCUGUGUUCAACAAUACUUCUGCUUCUUCUAUAUUUUCGUCCCCUGCUUCAAGUAUUCCUCAAGGAUUCACUUUUGGGGCAGCUCCACCAAAGCCAACAACAGGCGAUGAUACUAUCAUGGGUGGCUCUUAAUACCAAAAUAUCUCUCUUGCAAGAAUAUUCCAACCAAAAAAACAUUCUGUUUCCUUUUUUUAAUUGUACAUGGAUAUUGUUGCAUGCUUGAGAGAGUUUGGGGUUUGAGAGAUUACAUAAGAUGAAUCUUUGUUGUUUUGCAUCUA